UUAUUUUUUAAGUUGGAAAAAGAAAAAAAACCAUUGAGUAUAUAAGUUUGCUAAAUUCCGAGCUAAAAUGUCUUAUCAAUUUGGCAAAGAAAUGUUGCGAAUAAAAUUAAUAAGUUUAAAGCUGCAGCUUUUAGUGCUUUCACUGGCAUUCACGAACUUUUCUCAUGCUGCCGAGCUUUCGACUACACUAAAUAUUUAUGAGUCGACAACCGCCAAUGCUGUCGAAAUUAUCAAUACUCCUAGUACUAACGACAAAUUGGAAAGCUUAAGAGAAAGUUCCACUGAAAUGAAUGAUAAUGAUUAUGACGAAGAUAAUGAUGAAUAUGAUGACGAUGACAACGACAAUGAUGCGAUGGGAGAAAGAGCGAAACAUUCGCGUCAAAAACAUAUCAGCAUUAUAAAGCGAGUGGGCACAACUUAUGUCUGGGAUCGCUGGGAAAAGUGGACCAAGUGCAGUAAUUCUUGUGUGCAAAUUCGUCGAAGAAAAUGUAUUGAGCGUACACUGACUUCUCUCGAUGACACUCCAAUUGAUCGUGAGUUCUAUCCAGAGCCCAAUAGUCGCAUCGGUUGUUUUGGUAUAAUAAAACGUUAUCGCCACUGCAAGGACGAGAAAUGCAAAACAAAUAAGAAGAGACAGCGCGAUGAACAAUGUGCCUCCUUCAAUAGGAUACCAUAUAGAGGAAAAUUCUACAAUUGGCUUGGUUAUGAAAAGGAACACAACGAAUGUGAGCUCUUUUGUCGGCCAAGUGGUUCGGGUAUGUUCGUGAGCAUGAAUCAAUCGGUCACUGAUGGCACAACUUGUGGCAGACCGGCAGUUUAUUAUACGCACUAUUAUCGACGAAGAGCGGUAUGUGUGGAGGGUAUUUGCCGGGCCGUGCACGAGAGUGGCGCCAUAAGACCGACCACCACCAAAGAUGCGCAAACUAAAUGCGGUUCGGUGUUAUGUGAGAUAGUCUCCGAAGUGUUCAGCAAAGCCAAGCUGAGUCAUGGGUACAACUACGUGCAUACAAUUCCAGCGGGUGCGAUGAAUUUGACCAUCAAACAGUUGACACGAAGUGAUAAUCUAUUAGCACUCAAAACAACGGAUGACAUAUUUCUCAUCAACGGUAAUAAUCGCGCUUCGGAGAGUGGUUUAUUCGAGUAUAAUGACGACAGUUACGACUACAAUCGCGAAUUGAGCGUAAUCACCUCGAAAGGGCCGAUAAGCAAACCUGUUGUACUUUUGCUCUUUGCGCGUGGACACAACACAGGUGUCCAAUACGACUACACACUUCCGAUACCUUCAGCUUCUAUAAACGAGGAGGAGGAGUUUCCGUCGCAAUGGAAUGAGGUCGGCCAACCUCUUGACGAUGUAGACGACAACAACCUCGACGGCACAGUUUCGGCACAAAUUGCUCGUGCACGCGAUCGUAAACGCCGCAAAUUUUCAUGGAAGCUGCUCGGCUUUGGCGAAUGUAAUCGCUCGUGCGGCCCCGGCAUACAGCCACCCAUUUUCCGUUGCAUACGCGACUCACCGACGCGCUAUUAUUCACCUAAGCGCUGCGCUUUUGUCGAGAAGCCAGUCUUCAGUGAGGAUAUCUAUCAUUGCAAUCGCGGGCUAUGCCCCGCCUAUUGGCGCGCUGGCGACUAUGGUGAAUGCAAAUGUGCCGAAGGCGAGGUAGAGGGUAUACGCACGCGUUUUGUGAAUUGUGUGCAGGAGCAGAACAAUGGGAAGAUUGAGGAAGUAUCUGAAUAUUUGUGUGAAGAAGAAAAGUUGCCUGAAUUGAAUGAGACUUGUAAUUGCCCAAAGCUGAAUCGACGCAAAAUUUACGCACGUGGUCCCGACAAGACGCCACGUGUCUUCGCGCGUUUAGUGGGUGCACCCACGAUGGUGCGCAGCGUUUACAAUUCAACCACACCGUUGCGUCGGCAUCUACGUAACGAUCGCCUAGACAAAGCGGGUGUGUGGCUGAUGUCCGACUGGAAUCAAGAAUGCUCCACUGAUUGCGGUGCAGGCUUUGAGCAUCGUUCGAUCUACUGCGAUCGUACGCCGCCCUACACAGAUCUGUGUGAUUUGCGCUUUACGCCAGAGCAGAAGCGUAUCUGUAGCAGUGGCCAACAAGCAGCCGCUUGUCAGUAUGGUACGUGGUUUGCCUCAGAAUGGAGUAAUUGCACGGGAGAUUGUUUCAACUUACAACGUAGGCGUGCUGUGCUAUGUUUGAGGGAAGGUGUGGCGGUCGAUGAAGCAGAAUGUGAUCUUCUAUUGCGGCCGCGUGCUGUGAUGAAUUGCACGCACAAAGAGGUGACAUUCUGCGGACCCAAGUGGCAUUAUUCGGAGUGGUCGGAGUGCUCCCGUUCUUGUGGUGAAGGUGUUCAAAGACGUUAUGCUAAAUGCCUGGAAUUUGACUGGAAGCAAAAGGCGAUGGUCGAAUCGACGAAUUGUAAAUAUUUGGAACGUGAACCGGUUUAUGGAACGUGCAAUGUGCAGAAAUGUGAAGAGCUCAACACACUGUUCGAUGUGGAACGAGAUACUCUGAAGCCCGCUGAGCCAUCAGUGAAUUGCAAAGAUGAUGUGAGUAAUUGCCAGCGGAUAAAUCGGCAGCGAUUGUGCAAAUUGCACUACUACAAAACCUAUUGCUGUGCAACAUGCAGGGGCUUCGCUUAGACCAGCAGCAGCGGUACGAUGAAAUGUGUGGCAGAAGCCAGGAGAGAAUUGCAGAAAGUUUUGCUGCCGCAGCAGCGUUGGCAUUGCGACUGAGCAGCGCUACGCAUUUAAUUGUAUUCAGAAGCUACUGCGGCAAUAACCACAUCCUAACAUUAGCAUAGAAUUUAAUGUAGUCAGUUUAGUUGGUAAGAUGCAGCCGAAAAGGAAAUAGAAUUAAGUAUAAAUGUUUUUUUUUUAUUAUUCAACAUCAGUACAUAUUUAUGUAUAUACGAACACAGCAUUCACAUCACGAAUUGAAAGAGAAACAUUUAACUGAAUUGUGUUUCGUUUGUUAAGCCUUUUACACCAUAGUUUUUAUUUUGGAAAAAAUAAAAAUAAUAUGAAAGCGAUGAUAUGAAAGUCAUUAAGUACGGGUAGCUUACGUUUUAGAUCACUGUAAAAUCCUCAAUUGGAAAUUUUUUUGUUCUUGGUUUUGGCAAAUAUGUAGAAGUUAUUCAUAAAUUAUUUAUUAUAUUCGAAAUUAAACAGUUAUGCUGAUGCAAAUGCCACUUCUUGUAUUUAAUAAUCUUGAUUUCGAAUUGUAUUCGUAAUAUAUAAAAUAAUAAGUUUUAUGUAGUUUUUUGCUCAAGAAUAUUGCCCCAAAAUUAAAACUGAGCUACUGGUGCUAAGCAAACAAAAAAAAUUUAAACACAAUACAAAUAUUAGAAGUUUCAGAAUAUUUGUUUUUACCAAAACUAUGUUUUGAGCGAAUAAAGUUUGUAUGAAAAUACCCCAAAAUAUAAGUCGAACCUUUUGAGUAAGAAAAAAAAAACAAAAUAUAAGUUAUAAAAACUAAAUAUUAUUACAUUUCAACUUAAGGGGGAGUCUGCUUUAGAGGCUUCAAAAAAUUGAUUUUUUCGUGGAUUUUUUUGGAAAGGAAAGAAAUAUUCGAUUAAAACGAAACUUUCAGGUGUUAUUGUUAUAUAUUUCAGCAGUUUUCUCAAAUUUUUUCAUUAAAAUAUAUGUCAUAUUAUGCCUGGUACAAACAUUUUGCCGAGUGGCAGGCGCCUCGAGUGUGCAUGUGUCGUGCGGCGGGAAAGAUGCAGGUCGCAAUUUUCAUCAAAAACCCAAACAAAUUUUUAUUUUAGUAUACUAUAGCUUCUAGUUAAACCAAGAAAAUUAAACAAAAAGUGAGAAAUUCAACAAUUUUUCUCUAAUUAAAACAAAAAUUCAUUUUUUUGGAAAAAUAAAUUCACUUUAGAUUGUUUAAAAAGUGGGUUAAUCAUAACUUUCUUAAGGUUUUUUAGGUUCAACUAGAAGAGAAUUCAAUUCCGAAUACAAUCAAUAUUAUCUCGUUUCGAUAGAACGUUUAACUUUUUCCCUAUCUUUCCCGCCAAUUAGGAAAAAUCGUUAAAAUAAAAAACCGAGAAAUCGCGCGUCUAAGUUUUUGUAUACCUAUAAAAAAUCCGCUCGUAUACCUGCUCAACGCUUGCUCACAAUUUCUUCUGUAACUGCGAAAACAUUUUGAAUUCGCUUCUGAAAUUUUGAGGACACAUGCUUGGAUAGUUUGGGAAGACAUUUAGGCAAAAACAAAAAAAUCGAUUUUUUGAAGCAUCUAAAGCAGGCUCCCCCCUUAGCAAUAUCAAAAAAUACGAAAUUUUUGUUUCACGGACAUUUUUCUAUCAAAAUCUUACAUUGCAAAUGCUUGGGGCAAUGAAAAAUGAGUUACUGUUUCUGAGUAAAAACGAAAAUAUAUAUCUACUAUAUAUCAUAUAUAAACACAAUAUAAUUUCUACAUUUGAAUGUUAAACAAUUUAAAAAAAAAAAUUUCAAUAAAAAAUAUGUUUUUCAGGAUAUUUUUUUUCACGGAAUAUUUCAAAACAAAUUUGUAAAAUGUUACCUUUUACAUACUAAAAAAAUGAAAUACGAACAGUAGUCCAAAAUCAAAAAAAAUUUAACACAUUACGGAUAUUUUAACCUUUAAAAAAAUAUCUAAAUAUUUAAUAAAAAAGCAAUUUUAGCACACAUUUUUUGUAAUAUAAACUGAUUUUUUUUAUAAUUUUUGCCAGAAUAAUUUAAAAAAUAUUAUUUCUGGGUAAACAAUUUUUUUCAGCACACAUUAUUUUAAACAAAAACUGUUUUUUCGGAUUAGUUUUUUACCAGAUAUGUUUAAAAAAUAUUACUUUUGCGCAAAAAAGAAUAUGAAUAAUGAAAUAUAAUUGAAAACGAACUACUGUAGUGUUUCGAAAAAAAAACACAAUAUGGAUAUUUUUGCUUUUAAUUUAAAAAAGUAUUUAAAUGUCUGAUAAAAAAAAUUUUGUAGCACGCAUUUGCUUGUUAAUCAAACUGCGUUUUGGAUACUUUUGCUUUACUCGAAAUAUUUAAAAAAAUACUGUUUCUGACCAAAAAAUAUAUAAACACAAUAUGGACAUUUUGACCUUGGAAUUUAGUAUAAUUUCUAAAUAUUAAAAAAAAUAUUCUAAAAAAAAUAUUUAUAAAUUAUUAUUUUUAAGCGAAAAAAAUUGUACCAACAUCUUACAGCACAACUCUUGCCCGAAACAGUUAAAAUCAGAAGGUAGUAAUUAUUUUUAAAUAAGGCACACAAAUCAAAACUCCUCUAAAGUCAUGUAAACUAAGUGCAUAAGUAGGUACUACUAACCUAUCAUAUAGGCCAAUGUAUGACUACAAUGUAUGUUUGUAUUUACUAACCACACAGAGCCAUGCCAAACAUAUUUAUUGCAUUUCUACGCGUUUAUUUGUAAUAAAUCAAAUAACAGAAAAUAUAAUAAAAAUAAA